GCCCUUGGCCGUGGUAUAUUGGCAAUAUACCACACCCACUCGUGCCUUAUCGCUUUAAUAUGUACUACACAUUAUUUACACCUGCUAAGAGACCCACUGUAGAGUAUCACAUAAAACAUGUGUCUUCGAGGGGCCGGCUUUUUCCAUGAAGUGUAUACAUUUCUUUCGUUUACAGAAGACCCAUAUCAAGAUCCAAACAGGGGAGAUUAUUAGGUUGACCUACUGAAAUUAAAAAUAUAUGUUUGUCUGUUUCCACGGUAACUUCAUGGACAACAUCUGUUUUUUAGAACAAAUUAUUUCUCCCAAAACUUGAAUUUAUAAAUGGAUAGAUUUCACGUUGGCCUAGCCAGGGAGCCGUAGCCAUGCAUUCUAGCGCGUUAUCAUGUUGUGUAUUUUACAUCACAGCCAAUCAACCUAUAAACAUAGACCAAUGAAUGAUGGACGGUGAGAAUAUGGAGCUUGUUGGUGUAACACACGUUUUGGACGCCAUUACGUUUUGGGCGCAGAAUGUCAAGGACGAUCAAGCCAUUGACAACAUAAGAAAAGCCUUGGCAGACAAAUGCCCAACAGCCCCAAGGGUACUUGGAAGUCCCAAUCCUCAGAAGAUUUAUGGGGCAGUCUUCUCUGAGGACAGCUGUUGGUACAGGUGCAAGGUUCUGCAGCAGACUGAUAAUUUUCACGUGUCCUACAUUGACUAUGGGAACACAGAAUUUGUCAGUCGGUCAGCUCUGGUGGAGCUGCCAGGGGAUCUACAGGCACCUUGUCUGGUCAAGAAGUACAAGUUCCAGGGCUUCAGUGUGUCUACUGACCAAGACUCAGCACAUUUCCUGCAGGGAAAGGCCUUCCUUCAGAAUCUGAUCUAUGGGAAGAAGGUCCGCAUCCAGAAGAAGUCUGUCUGCUUGGACGGGACCGUCCUGGUCCAGGCCUUUCAGGGAAACCUGGACAUUGGUGAAGAGGUUUUGAAGAUGAAGUUUGCCAAGUUCACCCUCCCGGGGAGUAACCGUGAGGGCCCCAUGUCUGUGCGGGCCCUGCAGGAGUCCCAUUGCCCGUGGCCUCAGCGGGUGUUGGAUUGGCCUGGCCCCCAGGGGGAUGGGGACAUACCUGGCUCUACAGUCUGCAUGCCCAAACUACGGCCUGCUUUCCCCGACCAGAGUCCCCUUUCAAUGAAGUAA